UUAGGCCCCAUGCUGAUGAUCACAGAGUACUGUAGUCACGGCGACCUGCUCAACUUCCUGCGGGCACAUGCUCACGACUUCAUGGCGUCCAUUUUGAGCAUGGACGAAGUGGAGGGCGCCGUCCUCUAUAAGAACAUGGCUGCCCAGAGCGCCAGGCUGCGCAGUGACAGUGGGAUCUCGUGCUGUUCAGAGUAUCAGGAGAUGCAGCCGGUGCUGAGUCCAGGACAAACGUACUCGGGUGUGCAGACAGACAGCGUCUCUGUUGGUGACCUCAUGAGAUUUUCCUACGAGGUGGCUCAGGGUCUUGACUUCCUGUCCACCAGGAAUUGUAUCCACAGAGACGUAGCAGCGAGGAACGUCCUGCUGACGGAUCGCCGUGUUGCAAAGAUCUGUGACUUCGGUUUGGCUCGAGACAUCCGCAACGACGACAGUUACAUUGUGCAGGGAAACGCUCGUCUGCCGGUGAAGUGGAUGUCUCCGGAGAGCAUCUUCCAGUGUGUCUACACCAUCCAGAGCGAUGUCUGGUCCUACGGCGUCCUGCUGUGGGAGACCUUCUCUCUGGGUAAGAGUCCGUACCCAAAUGUUGCCGUGGAUACCAACUUCUACAAGAUGAUCCAAGAUGGACGCCACAUGGACCAGCCGGACUUCGCACCCACAGACAUGUACGAGCUGAUGAAGGUGUGCUGGAGUCUGGAGCCGAAUGACAGACCGACCUUUAAGAUGAUUGGUGAGCGUAUCCGCAGGCUCCUCCCCUCAGCCAAUGACACGUCACUACAUCACAGCGAGCAGGCGGCGUACAGGAACAUCAGAGAGGAGCAGGAGGAGGAGCAGGAGGAGGAGGAGGUCAGAGGAGGAGGCGCUCUGAAGAGAGGAGGAGAGCGCCAUAAGGACAGGGAUGGGGACAGGGACAGAGACGGAGACGAAGACAGAGACGGAGACGAUGAGGACAAUGAAGAGGAGGAGCCAAUGAUGAAGAACAUCUACCAGCUAUCCUGAUUUUCUCGUCCAAUCCAAAUGUCCUGCAAUGUCUCAUGUUGCCACUCCUUUUUGGAGAAAACAUCACUGUUAAAUUUUUUUAUUUUUCUUUACAUCCCCAGUAAGAGGCGGACAGUGAGAGGACAUGUCUUCAGUGUGUCCACAGAGAGGACAGACACCGUAAACUGUCCAUCUGUGACCAUGUGAUCGCAGCUUUUUUAACAAUGUGAAUGUCCACAGGAAGUUGAAUAAGAGAGGGUGUCCUACAGAGAGCGUCCUCCAUCACUGUGACAUCACUGUGAACAAUUUUUCUUCCAUUGAUGUCGAACUGUCAACGUCUGUAUUUUUACACAAUAAAAAUAAAUUCUAAUUAACUUUAUAUACUUUUAUAUAGGUGUAUUUUAUUGUAUUAUAUUUAUAUAACUUUUAUAUUCAUUUUCAUCUGCUGAGUGUGGCUGUGUCUAAUGCCUGGAGGCUCAGACUAACACCUGAGGCUCAGACUAACACCUGAGGCUCAGCCUAACAACUAACAACAAUAUAAAUCUAUUUUCACAGAAACAUUAAUAAUCAGUGAAACUGUCUGAUUAUUUUAUUUUAUUAUUAUUAGUCUUUUAUUAACCCUGUGUUGACCCUUUGUAACUAAACCUGUUGGGUUUCUUUAAAAAGAAGAGAGGAAGGCAACGACAUGGCCCAAAAAUUUGCGAUUAAGAUUAGAUCAAUUAGAGAUUAACAGAAAGUUGCAAGAAAGUUACAGAAGGAAAAAGAGAAAAAACAA